AUGUUGAUGCUUGCCCAUGGUUUACGACAAGUUCCUAAUGGAUGGUGGUUUGGUAGAUAUAUGGAAGAAAAUGGAAAGGUUCAUGGGAGGAAGAGGAAAAAAGGGUUGAGAUUCAGGCAACAAAAUGUUGAUUCAGAUAUUGGCAUAGAUUGCAUGGUUGAAGGUGCUUAUGAUCAAAAGAGGAAAAGAAAAUCACCAGUAAAAGAUAUUGAUUGGGAGGAUUUUAUCAUGGAGACCCCUCUCCUUCAUCAGGUGGAAGAGGAGGAAACAUAG